CUGGCAAGCAGCAAUUGUUUCAUUUCACCCCUCCGCAAGUCAUCGCCACAUAAAGUGGUCUUCAUAAUGCCGCACGAAGUUCGCCCGCAAUUGAUUCUUUACUUAUGAAAGGCAAUUUUGUCGACCGGCAGAACGAGGCGUCGGCUUUGACGUGUCCGCUAUAAUCGCCAUAAUCGGCGGCUCCAGCAGUGGUGCCUCAACCCGUGACUUAAUCAGUGCCCCAGCGCGCCCUUACUGGUGGUGAUCCAAAUUUGUGCCGGUCAUGGAAAACUGCAGCGUCGAGCCGUCGAUUGGCAAUCGAUAGUGUGUUUACGAUGAUGAACGUUUUCCGAUAAGGACGAUAAGCUAAAUUAGAUAAGCGUGAUUUGGUCGGAAAUUGGCGUGCGCCUUUCUAAGAGGUUAGGGAUUUUUACACGUCUUUCGGCUCGGGAAUUGGGUUCAACUUUGGGAGAAAAUCGCUUUAAGGUGGGAAUUUUAUUCGGAAAAUAAGUAUAAAUUGGUUUUCGACUUGGUGAAAUGCAGUCAGUUGUGAACCGCUUUCCCGCAGGCAACCAGUCUUUGAAACCCAGAAGCUAGAAGAUGAUGAAGAUUAUGAUUCUUUCCCUGGCAAUUGUCGCCGUUGCCACUGGCGAAAAGGAACCGGAUAACAAUGCCAGCAAAAACACAGUGAAGCGCGGUUUGGACUUCGGACUGGGAGGACAUAAUCUUAUUGGGUCGGAUUAUUGGAGCGGUUCUCCGAAAUUGGUUGGAGCGCCUUGGAUCCAGAAUAGUGGUUGGAAGCAUGGACCAUCGCCGGCCGAAAUAGCUGCUACCAUUGCGGCUGCCAAGCAGGCAUCCGCCCAGGUACUGAUUGCCCAGCAACAGGUGCAAGCGGCGAAGGAACACGUCCUCAAUCAACAGAAAAUCGCCAACGAGAAAGAGGCAAGCGCGGCUUUUGCCUCGCAAAAGAGUGAAGCGGCUGCUGCGGUACAACGUUCGGAGGCAGCCGCUGCUGCCCAGGCAGUGGUUCUCGCCCAGCACCGUCUGGCGGCUGCUAAGGCCAAUGUGGCCCACCAUCAACGGGUCGCCGCCGCCAAGGAGUCUCUUGCUGCCCAAGCCAUUCAAAAUUCUGCCAAGGCAGCUGCCGUGGAAAUUAACCGAGCUGAAAACGAAGCUGCUAAGCAUUCCUCACACCAUCGUUCGGAUGCUGCAUCAUUGAAUCACCACGUGAUCGCUACCAAGGAUGAUGCAUUCGCUCCCCUGACCUAUGGAGGUAAUCAGAUAUCCACGUCUCAGCUUUACCGGGCUCUGGCCGCUCCAUGGAACGAACCGUCCCCACAGGGACCGUGGAUGAAUGGGUUCUCCACCGGUCAGGCUAAACCAGUUUGGGGAUGAGUGAAGUCGCAAAAUCAUUUAUAAUUGUCACAUUUAACUAAUUCUCGC